AUGAGCGCCCAGCAAGCUCUUCCAAAUAUAUGGCACCAGCGGGCAGUAGCAGAGACAGCAGCCAAAUCAUGCUACAUCUGCUAUAAACCGACAACAGCGGUCCUCGUCACUCCAGAUAAUAAAGAUUUUUUCUAUGUCUGCAAGACCCACCUCAAGGACAGAGGCUUCGCUUCGCCGAUCGUUGACGAAAAGGCCGAGGCCGAAAAGCGGAAGAAGGAAGCUCUGGACCGAGAGAUUGAGAAGGUCAAACAGGAGUACGAGGAAAAGAUGAAGCAGAAAAGGGCCAAAAAGAAGGCCAAGGACGACGACAAGGACAAGAAGAACGAUGAUGAUGAGGCUCGCAAGGCUGAGAAAGAAAGAGACGACAAGAUUAAAGCGCUAUCCGCGGAUACAGUAGCAGAUGAUGGUCCUCGUAUCUUUGCCCUUCACAGGAAUUUCUACCAAAUGCGUAUCGAGCGUCUCCGCAACAUUGAAGUCGCAAGGCGUAAUCAGCAACGGAUCAAGGAUCCUACUUUCUUCCCUAAAGCGCCUACUGGGGACCUUCCGUGA